AUGGAGUUUUUAAUAUUUUUUAUUUUUAAUACUUUCACAAUUUCAAUGUCUGCUAACAUCAAAAUAAUUCCAAAAUUGUGUAAAGCAGGUGAUCCAUUUAUAUCAGAUCAUCGAGAACCAACAAUUCAUGGUGUCCUCUCAGCAUUGGUGAAAACAAAUAAAAAAUGUUUGAGUAAUUAUUCGUUAUUAAAGGUUAAAAGAAACCGUGGUAUUUUUGAUUUGGAAAUUUGUUAUGACGAAGUAUCAUUGAAGACAAUUUACGUAAAAUUUGAAAUCGACGGCAUUUCUCUUAAACAGUUUGUAACUGUGAUUAUACCACCAGUUGCGACUCGAAGUAUAAAUUUAUAUCCGGAAAAUAUACCUUGUUUUUAUACAAAAGAUCAUCAAGCAGCUCUAUUUGGAUAUAUAUAUAAGGAUGAAGAUACGAUUAAUGAUUCAACGUUUUUAACAGAAGGAUAUUUAGCAAGCAAUGCUGAUUUUUCUGAAGACUAUAAGCAACUGGGAACGUUUUUUUAUGCUAACAUAACGCCUCAAUGGAAAUUCAUUAAUCAACAAGUGUGGGCACUUAUUGAAUCUGCCAUUAGAUUUUAUGCAAUGGAUAACGACAAGAAGCUGGAAGCGUACGCUGGAACGCACGGACAGACGCUGGUGGACGGACAGCCGCUGUUCUUGACAGUCGACGGUCGGUUGCCGGUGGCCACGUGGCUGUGGAAAGCUGUAGUCGACCAGUCUACCGGCGCCGGCAUCGCGUUCAUAUGCUCCAACAACCCGUCGGAGAGCUUGAUGGCCAGCCCACCAUGUGGCGACUUGGACAUUUGCUUGGAAAGCCACUGGGGCGACGCCAUGGUGGCCGGCUGGUCGUUUUGCUGCACGUUGCAACAGCUCGUGGAAACGGUCCCGGAGGCGGCGGCGGCCAUAGUCGACGGCGCUGGAGCGAAGCUGUUGAACAGACUGACACCUGCACCGCCGCCGACGUCUCCCGAUAGCUCGACGACGACAAACGACGGCGAUGACGACGAAGCAGAAGCAGACGAUUGACGGAGAGAGAGAGAGAGAGUCAAGCGACCAAUGUCGGCCGACGGAGUGUCGAGUGUGCCGAGGUAUUGAUAAAUAAUAAUUAUACAGUAAAUGUACGGUGCACGCGUGGUUAAAGGUUUUAAUGGCUACAAUGCACGUUUUCAGUGAAGAAUUUUGAAAGAAAAAAGAAAAAAUGUUAACUUUUUCACUUUUUGAAGAACUAAGGUUUCCUAAAGCUGAUUUUGUAUAUUACUAAUAUCGGAUAUUGAAUAAAUAGUUUUAUUGUUUUUUUUUUUUUA